GUACGACAAUUUGGCAAUGGUGGUCCCGUUGCAAACACGCACGUCACCCAGAGUCAGGAGGAGCCAGACGUCAACACCCGCAGCUGCACGUCACGGGGCGCCCCACUCCCACACCGGCGAAAUAACGAAAGUUGAAAAUGCCGGAAAUUGAACAGCCGCAGGAGGUGAAGGUGGAGAAAGUUGAGGAGGUGGGUGUGGAGGGGAAGACGGAGGAGCCUGAGGAGGAUGAGUGGGUGGACAUCCUGGGCACCGGAGACCUCAAGAAGAAGGUGAUCCAGGCUGGCACAGUAGACACCCGGCCCAGCAAGGGAUGCACGGUGGUGGUGAAGGCGAGUGGCCAGCUGGAGGACGGCACAGCGGUGGACACUCAUGAUCAGCUGACCUUCACGUUAGGCGACAGUGAGGUCAUUUUAGGUCUGGAAAUGGUUUUACCCUUGAUGGAUAAAGGAGAAAUUGCUGAAGUGUACAUGGGAGCCAGGUUUGCAUAUGGGACUCCCGGGCUGCCUCCAAGCAUCCCCAGCGAGAGUGCCAUAACCUACCGCAUAGAGCUGCUAGACCAUGCCGUUGAAGAAUGCCCUGACUCCAUGCCCCUGGACCAGCGCAUGGAGAUUGGGAAUCGCAAGCGAGAGCGUGGCAACUGGUGGUUCAACCGAGGGGAGUACAGCAAGGCCAUCCAGUGUUAUAGUGCUGCAGUGGACUUCCUGGAUGACGCAGAGGCAGAGUAUGGGGAAGACGUAAGGCCGGAGGUUCAGCCCAUCUUGAUAGAGCGGCUCAAGGCUCUGAACAACAUGGGUGCCGCGCAGAUCAAGGUGGAGGCGUACGAUGUGGCCCUCAAGUCCCUGGAUGCUGUGUUGAGAUGCCAACCGGGCAAUGUCAAGGCUCUAUUCAGGAAAGGCAAGGUGUUGGGCAUACAAGGCAAGAUGAAGGAGUCCAUCUCAUACCUCAAGAUGGCCCUGGAGCUGGAGCCUGAGUCUCGCCUCGUCCACCAGGAGCUUGCCAAGAUCAGGGAGAAGGCACGCAUUGAGGCAGAGUCAGAGAAGAGCCUCUAUAGGCGCAUGCUGGGCUUGAAGAAGGAGAUAACCCACUCUGAUGAGCGGUACCCUGUCAUAAAGAGUUUUCCUUGGAAGUUGUGGUUGCUGUCCUUUGUAACCAUUGCCAUGGGCUUAGUGGCCUACACCAAGGGACCCACGAUUUACAAGUUCUUCCUCUAACACAGUCUUGGCCAGGUGCACGCCUCCCUCUCUGUGGUAAGAUGAAAGCAAGAAUUGGCUGCUGAGGUUGCUGUGUUUUAGUUUAACAAUAAUCACUUGAGUAUUUUGUGGAUCAUAUCUUUGAAAACCUGCCAACUUUUUGGGAUUCGGACUCUGCACUGCUGUACAAAGAUGUUAUUAGUUGAAAUUUAGGGUUCAGGGUGCCAUGGUAUUUUUUUAGUUAGUCUGAAAUUAUUAGUGGUUAUUGUACAUAGCAUACAAUUGCUUGAUGUAUUGUUAGAUAUCUCUAUUAUAAAUGGACAUAUAUUUUGAUGAUGAACAAAACUACAAACACAAAUAGUAUAAGUUUAGUAGAGGGGUUUGAGGGGACUUUAUUUGUCAAAGAAUGCCAUGACGUAAAAAUAUUAUAUAGGAAAGUUCAAUUCUGUGCCUCUGAUUGCUGUGAAAUCUCGUCUCAUCCUCCAAAGCUUCAUGUAUUUGAUCCGGUGCUUCUUGCUAAAAAAUUGCCUACCUCAAAUUAUGUAACUUUUGUCUUUAUUUAUUGAAUAGCACAUUUUGUACUUAUGGCACACCUGUGUUGGGAAGCAGCUCAAAUUUUGCACCUCUCCAUGUUUGGGAUCUCAGUCUUUGUUGUGUGACUUACUUUCCCAUUCCAUUAAUUAUAACUUAACAGCAGCAUAAGGUUCAUCCUCAGCACAUUUAAUAUUAUGAAAUUGAAACUGCUCUUGCCUAGUCAGAUUAAUUUGCAACCUCGCUAUUAGGCUCUCGGUGUCUUUAUUAAGUAAUUUUAAAUCAUGUUGCCUCCUUCAAGAGCAGAGUCAAGCCAAAGGCAUCCUGAUGCUGCUGUGUAGGAACCUUCCUCUAGUCUCCACUGGAGGCUGCAUAUCACGUCACUUCCUGGAGCUGUUUGUACCAUUAUCAACAAACAUUACAUAUCUACUGUUUUAUUAAUUUUACAACUCUCAGAGAAGUUGAGCUAAAGGAACAAACUUCAAGCUUUCAUAUGUAUUUUUUCAUGUGCAUAGUUUUGUUGUAACAAGUGCUUGCUCCUGAGGAGGCUCAAAUAGCUUGUGAUGAAGCCACUUUGUACUUGAAGAAACACUACUCAUACAUAUGAUCACCCAGCAGGGUCAACUUUUAUAGCCUUUUAUACAGUCACAGCCUGACAGGUAAAUCAUUCUCACUUCAGGUCCUGCAAUAACCUUGUCCUGUACAAUAGCUUAUGUAGAAUAGUCUUCCAUAUCUAAGUUUGAUGUACCUCUUUGUGGUCUGAAUAAUAGAAUCUGCACAAUGCACAAAAAAUAACAAAUGUACAAAAGUUUAACACUUCAAAUAUUUUGACACAUAAAUGGUGGCUGUGCCUAUGUUAAAAUUAUUUACUCAUUACUAGUUGACCUCCUGACUACACACCAUGUUAUGCACCUGCUCUGCUUGGGGGAGUAAGCUUGUGGCGGGUGGCAGAGCAGGGACCCGCUGAGGGGCACUGGGGACGUGAACACCUGCCCCUGUUGUCAUGUGUUCUCAGAGCCCCUGUGACUGGAUCAAAUACAUCCUGCCUCAUUAUCCUGUACAAGAUUUUACUAAAAAUAUUAUAUUAUAUUAUGUACUGCAAUCAGUGCAGCAUAAGAUCAUGCCUAAAUAUGUACACUGCAGGUGUAAUUGAUCCAUUGAUCACCAGGUGCCAUUUGGUGCCUGAUCACCUGCCCUACGAUAUGACUUUUGCACAUCCUGGUGAUGGGCAGUACGGUUGUUGGUGCGAGUGUUGGGAAUGUUCCCGCCAUGCUUGCCUCUGAGCCAGUGCUCAUCUGAUGCCUGAGAACUGUUUAUUAGGGAAAAUAUUUCUACAUUCCUAAUUGUAAAUGAGAGAAGGGGUGAGAGGAUGACUCAGUGUGACAGUUUGGGGUUCAGAAGGUGGGUUUGAGGGGAGGGUAAUGUUAGGGGGGAACAGGAGAGCAGUUUGCAGCCUAAACUUUUGAUUUAGAAAAGUAACAUGAGGCAGUCAUUACAUUAUAGAAAGAUAUAAAUUUGAUACUUUGUGUAUGAAGAAUCUAAAGUUUUAACACAGAAGUUGAGGAUGUCAAGAGUUUCCUGAUUCCUCAUGGUCAGUGGUCAGAGCCAGCAUGUUGUGGUGGAUGCUGCAGUCACUCUGGAACAGCCAAUGUCGUCAUUGGCUGGACGGGUGUGUGUAGGCCACAGGAAAAGACUAAAAUGUUUUCCUGAUUUUUUUAUACAGUAAUGGAAACAGCUUAAGGGCAAAAAAGCUUUCGAAACCUCACUAAGCAUCUGAACUAUGUGAUGCAGGAGCUUAUUUUUCAGGCUCAUUGCAUUACUAAAAUUGGAAAGAGCCCGUUCUCUUGCUGCUGGACCAGUGUGGGGCAGCCCUCCUCCCUCCCCUCUCAAGCUGUGGUCAAAGGCUGCUGUGCUUGUUUUGUCGUGCUGUUUCGGGCCAUUACAGUUUCAUUUCUUAAACACUUUCGUAAAUCUGCCUUGUGUCAUCUUGCACCACCUGUACAUGUAAAAAGAACGAUAAGAAAAAAAAGCAAAGUAAUAUUAUGUAGUGAUGAUAAUUUUUUGUACAGUUCUCAGUUCUCUGCAGAUGUACAAGAAAUGCAUCCCUUUUAUAUUAACAUUAAAGUGUAUGAAGGUUAAA